AAAAUACAUUCUUGUCGAUAUGAAAAACCACCUGCCUAUAAAUACUUCAACAUCUUCGCUUUAACUUGGCCAACUUUGUUUUCUUCGUCGCUCUCUUUACCCAAUUCUGGAAAUGGCGGCCACUACUGGUUCUUCGAUCUCCAUGCGCUCUCGCCUGGCAACAAGCAGGAUAUCUGGUGUGAAGUUGGCUUCACUUUCUAGUCAAGGAAGAAGCAGCCUUUCAUUUCAGUUGCGUCCACUGCCUUCUCGCUUGCAGAUUUCCUGUGCUGCCAAACCAGAGACAGUGGAUAAGGUGUGCAAAAUAGUAAAGAAACAACUGGCGCUACCGGAGGACUCUUUAGUUGCUGGUGAUUCAAAAUUUGCUGAGCUCGGAGCUGAUUCUCUUGAUACGGUUGAGAUUGUGAUGGGACUUGAGGAGGAAUUUGGUAUCAGCGUGGAGGAGGAUAGCGCACAGACCAUUGCAACUGUUCAGGAUGCCGCAGAUCUUAUUGAGAAGCUCAUUGAGAACAACGGAGCUUAGAAUAAAUUAUUAGUUGAAAGAGGCUCUCGUAGAUGAAGUAAUUUGCAAUUUUGUGAACUCGUGUUCUUUGUUAAUUGAAUCUAAAUUCAGGAGUUAGGUUGGGAUUUUACUUAAAUUAUGAAGCUGUGCUUAGAGUUGAAACCUGCUUUUGCUAAUAUUUACAUGCCUACUGUCAAGAAGAUCAGUUAUGCAGAGUUCUCAUUUUUUUUUGUU